CUUGCUGGUUAAUAAGAACGCUGUUACCCACUUUAGGAAUAGGGAGUAACAGAAACUGCGGGUAUCCAUCUCUCUCACCUUCAGGAGAGAAGACAAAGAAGCCACGACGAAACUUUGCAAAGGAAUAUACUUAUAGUUCAUUUGGCAGUUCAGUUUUUUUGUUUCCUUUUAUUGUUUUUAUUAUUUAGAGACAGAUGGGGACCACUGGGCUCGCGGUUGUGGGCAUUUUACUCGCCAUUUUACAGGUCUCUUCUUUUGAGGGUGAGGGGCUGAGGAGGAGGAAGAGAGAAUGGGUUAUCCCUCCCAUCUCUGUCGUUGAGAAUGACCGAGGACCCUACCCCCUAAGAUUAUCUCAGGUCCGUUCUAAUGAAGAUAAAGGGAAGAACAUCUCCUACAGCAUUACUGGUCCAGGAGCUGAUCAGCCCCCUGUUGGCCUUUUCACCAUGGACAGAAACACUGGUAAUCUGUAUCUCACACAACCACUGGACAGAGAGAGAAAAGACAGCUACAUGUUUCAAGCACAUGCAGUAGCAGAAGGUUCAGGAAAUGCUGAGGCCCCUAUGGAAAUUAUAGUGAAAGUAAUUGACCAGAAUGACAACAAACCUACUUUCGCUCAAGACAUCUUUCUGGGAGCUGUUGCUGAGGCCUCACCAACAGGUUUUGAGGUGAUUAAGGUUGUGGCCACAGAUGUUGACCAGCCAAAUACUGCCAACUCAGAUAUCCGCUACCGUCUUAUCAGCCAGGAGCCACAGUUGCCCAGUGACCUCAUGUUUGUCAUCAACCCAAUCACAGGAGUCAUCAGAGUCAAUGCCAGUGGGCUAGACAGAGAGAAAUACCCCACAUAUACUCUGGUGGUACAAGCAGCAGACAUGGUGGGAGAAGGAUUGACUGGAGAAGCAAAAGUAAUCCUAACUGUCACAGAUAGCAACGACAAUGCUCCGGCCUCUACUCAGCCGUCGGUGCCCAUUCUGGAAGUUCCCAAGUCGGGUGAGGGGCUGAGGAGGAGGAAGAGAGAAUGGGUUAUCCCUCCCCUCUCUGUCGUUGAGAAUGACCGAGGACCCUACCCCCUAAAAGUAUCUCAGAUCCGUUCUAAUGAAGAUAAAGCGAGGAAGAUCUCCUACAGCAUUACUGGUCCAGGAGCUGAUCAGCCUCCUGUUGGCCUUUUCACCAUGGACAGAAACACUGGUAAUCUGUAUCUCACACAACCACUGGACAGAGAGGAGAAAGACAGAUACAUGUUUCAAGCACAUGCAGUAGCAGAAGGUUCAGGAAAUGCUGAGGACACCAUGGAUAUUAUAGUGAAAAUAAUUGACCAGAACGACAACAAGCCUACUUUCAAUCAAUCCACCUUUCUGGGAGAAGUUCCUGAGGCCUCACCAAUAGGUUUUGAGGUGAUUCAGGUUGUGGCCACAGAUAUUGACCAGCCUGAUACUGACAACUCAGAUAUCCGCUACCGUCUUAUCAGCCAGGAGCCACAGUUCCCCAGUGACCUCAUGUUUGUCAUCAACCCAAUCGCGGGAGUCAUCAGAGUCAAUGCCAGUGGGCUAGACAGAGAGAAAUACCCCAAUUACACUCUGGUGGUACAAGCAGCAGACAUGAAGGGAGAAGGAUUGAUUGGAGAAGCAAAAGUAAUCCUUACUGUCACAGAUAGCAACGACAAUGCUCCGGCCUCUACUCAGCCGUCGGUGCCCAUUCUGGAAGUUCCCAAGUCGGGUGAGGGGCUGAGGAGGAGGAAGAGAGAAUGGAUUAUCCCUGCCCUCUCUGUCGUUGAGAAUGACAGAGGACCCUACCCCCUAAAAGUAUCUAAGAUCCGUUCUAAUGAAGAUAAGGUUAAGAAGAUCUUCUACAGCAUCACUGGUCCAGGAGCUGAUCAGCCUCCUGUUGGCCUUUUCACCAUGGACAGAAACACUGGUAAUCUGUAUGUCACACAACCACUGGACAGAGAGAGAAAAGACAGCUACAUGUUUCAAGCACAUGCUGUUGCAGAAGUUUCAGGAAAUGCUGAGGCCCCUAUGGCAAUUAUAGUGAAAGUAAUUGACCAGAACGACAACAGACCUACUUUUGCUCAAUCCACCUUUCUGGGAGCUGUUGCUGAGGCCUCACCAACAGGUUUUGAGGUGAUUAAGGUUGUGGCCACAGAUAUUGACCAGCCAGAUACUGACAAUUCAGCUAUACGCUACCGUCUUAUGAGCCAGGAACCAAAGUUGCCCAGUGACUUCCUGUUUGUCAUCAACCCAGUCACGGGAAUCAUCAGAGUCAAUGCCGGUGGGCUAGACAGAGAGAAAUACCCCAAUUACACUCUGGUGGUACAAGCAGCAGACAUGAAGGGAGAAGGAUUGACUAGAGAAGCAAAAGUAAUCCUUACUGUCACAGAUAGCAAUGACAAUGCUCCAGCCUUUACCCAGCCGUUGUAUGAGGCAGAAGUUGAUGAAAACAAAGUCGCCGCUCAGAUCUUAACAAUGUCAGUAACAGACGGUGACGAUCCACAUUCUCUAGCCUGGAACGCCAAGUUCAGGAUUGUCGAUGGUGAUCCUGAAGGACUUUUUACCAUCGAAACAGGAAGUAACAAACAUGAAGGAAUCAUUUCUACUGCCAAGGGUCUUGACUUUGAGAAGAGCAGCACGCAUACUUUGUUGGUUGCAGUGGUGAAUGAGGUUCCUUUUGCUGUUCCACUGCCCAUUGCCACCGCCACAGUGGUGGUGACUGUGCGGGAUGUUAAUGAAGCUCCAGUCUUAGAUCCAGUAGAGAUGCAUGUGGUAAAACGGGAGGCCCUUGCUGUUGACAGUGAUGUGGUGCAGUACACCACUUCUGACCCAGACACCGGACGCACACAGAAAGUCACAAAUGGUCAUCGUCCUGAAUUUAUUCGCUGAGCAGUUGAGAGUACACUGUGGUCCUGAGGGUUGCAGACAACGAGGGCGUGGAGCAGGACAGCAGCGUACAGGCCACAGUGUGUGACUGCACUGGGAAAGUUAUACAUAUAGGGAAGGUGGUACCGAAAUGCCUGUAAUAUGGGGAAUAUUGGGAGGCAAUCUUUUGCUGCUCAGUAAGUAAAUAUUUGAUUUUAGUUAUAUGUAAAGAUGCUCAUGCUUUCUCUGCUGUGUAGGAAGUGGUUGGACUUGUGGUGACUUAAAGGGUAACUUUGUUUUUUUUCAACCUUUUUUCAACCACUUUUUGUAUGUCUUUGGGACUGAUGGGAACAACAAUCUUUGACACUGGUCCAGUAUUAAGCAAGAUCGCUGC